UUGCUUGUAUGAGGACUAGCCAGUGGUCCCCGUUCGAUUUGGGCUUUUAGCACUUACUUUCUCUCUAUUUUUAAACGGGAUUAUUUGCGAACUAUCAAGGUCCAUUAACGAGUGUAUUUUAACAGGCAACAGGAUUCGCGUAAAGGGGUUGUUUAAAAUUUUUGUUGAAUGGAUCCGAGGGUAGCUUGGAUUCAGCCCGAGCAGAAAGGACCUGCGAAUGCCUUAUGGAUGCAUAUUUGGGAGACCUCUCAGGCAGUCAGGACAAACUCCAGUCAUCAUCAGCCUCUUCAUCAUCAUCACCAUCACCACCACUACCAUCACCCCCACCAGCACCUCUGUGUCAACUCUCCGGCUGUGGACUCGAGCGUUUUCAAAAAUGUAGCAGCCGCGGCUGCUAGCAAAAGCAGCAGCCAUGCAGGCAGCUCUAGAAACAGCACUGCAAAUUCUUCUUUCAGUGUAACGUUACCAAACGGCAGCACACAGAACCCAGUCGCUUCUCCGUUUGCCCACGGAGUUACGUUAAAGGUAGGUGUUGGUGAGGGGAAAAGUCUACAAAAGACGAGUUCGGUGUCGUCCUCGUCCUCUGUGGAAUCCGUUACUGAAAGCCCGGCUCCUAACUGCUCCUCUGUAAGGACUAAUGGUAGUGGUAGUAAUGCCACUGGAAACAUGAACAAAAAUGCCGGAGGUGCCAGUAUAUUUAGUUUCACUGACAGCAUGUUUAAUAUAAACCAUCACCACAAUCUGCAUCAAGAGCAACACCAAUACAAUUUUCAGCAAAAUUACAACAAGCGUCACAGUUUUCACCCCACUGCAAUUGUGAACCAUCAUAAUCACCACCCAGGCCGUAGGAAAAGUGACAACAAGGCGAGCACCUAUGGGAUCAACUAUCUGCUCUCCAACUGUAGUAAUGGGAACUAUGUCUGCUCUGGAACUCCUUGGAAAACGAGGAAGUACAAUCCAGGGAUUAAUGGCCUCCAUGAGGAGAUUGUGGAUUUCUACGAUUUCAUGUCCCCCCGGCCCGAGGAGGCCGCCAUGCGGAAGGAGGUGGUGAACAGGAUAGAGACCGUCAUCAAAGAGCUGUGGCCCUCAGCAAACGUGCAGAUAUUUGGCAGCUUCAGUACAGGGCUCUAUCUCCCCACAAGUGACAUUGACCUGGUGGUCUUUGGAAAGUGGGAGCGUCCCCCGCUACAGCAGUUGGAACAAGCCCUGCGGAAACACAAUGUGGCUGAGCCUUACUCCAUUAAAGUACUUGACAAAGCUACGGUACCAAUAAUAAAACUGACUGACCAAGAAACUGAAGUCAAGGUGGACAUCAGUUUCAACGUGGAGACUGGGGUGAAAGCUGCUCGCUUUAUCAAGGAUUAUGUGAAGAGGUAUACCGUCCUGCCUUACUUAAUUUUCGUGCUGAAGCAGUUCCUCCUUCAGAGGGAUCUGAACGAGGUCUUCACUGGUGGAAUCAGUUCCUACAGUCUCAUUCUGAUGGUCAUUAGCUUCCUACAGCUGCACCCAAGGAUCGACGCCAGAAACCCCAAUGUAAAUCUUGGAAUCCUGCUCAUUGAGUUUUUUGAGCUGUACGGGAGGCACUUUAAUUACUUGAAAACGGGAAUCCGGAUCAAGAAUGGAGGCGCUUACAUUGCCAAAGAAGAAAUGAUGAAAGCCAUGACCAAUGGUUACAGGCCAUCCAUGCUGUGCAUUGAGGAUCCUCUCCUGCCAGGAAACGAUGUUGGUCGCAGCUCCUACGGUGCCAUGCAGGUGAAGCAGGUCUUUGACUACGCCUACAUCGUGCUUGGCCAUGCGGUCGUUCCCCUGGCCCGCUCGUACCCCAACAAAGACACCGACAGCACUUUGGGCCGCAUUAUAAAAGUAACCCAGGAAGUCAUCGACUAUAGGGAAUGGAUCAUAAAGAAGUGGGGCGGCAGGCAGAGUGCCCAGAUGGAGAGCUGUGGUCCGGUCCUGAAGGACGGGGGCGAGCAGACGGACCCCAGCGGACUGUCCGGCCUGGCUGCGGACGAGCGGCAGCGGGACUCGGUGUCCCCCCACAGCGCCGACUCCCCCAUGUCCCUCUCCAGCCCCCAGCAGCACUCCUCCGCCUCCUCCGUCUCCUCCCUCUCAGGAAGUGACAUCGACUCGGAUUCUACUCCCUGUGCAGCUCCAAACAUUCCCCCGUACCCAAUCCAAGCACACGCACUGGCUGCCCUGGCACCCGCACUACAGAUCCCCCCUGGGAAACCUCUGAUCAUGUCUUCUGGCUCCCAGGCCCGGCUGUCUCUGCCAGGAAACAUGGGCGUCCAUUCCCUGCCUGGCAGGCAGGUGUGUAUGGAAGGGGCUCCCCCGUUCCUCCACAUGCCCCCUCCAGCUGCGCCUCCUGCCUCUCCCGGCCCUCUGCCAAACUCCCAUCUGCACCACAAGAUUCACAACGGGCCCAAGUACUCCGUGAAGGCACUCCACAGCCCCGCCGUUCUGCACAGCCCGGUGCAGGGGAGCCGGGCCCACCUGCAGUACAACCGCAACACGUGGCGGCGUAGGAAGCACAGCCGCGAGAGCCUGCCCGUCACCCUCAGCAGCAGAUAAGCCGGAGGUGUCCGUCACCCCUACCCCCUACCCCACCCGCCCCCCCCCUUUUUUAACCAACCAACCAACGCUUGACCGAGGAACAAGACCAGCAUCUUAACGCUGCUGUGGCCGGCGCCGCCACUCCGCAGCCGAUACGUUUGCAUGUUUCCUGUACCUUUACAGGUCGUUAUCGUACUGUGCUUAUCGAUCUGUGACAACUCGUCCUGAUGUAAAUGUUUUUUUUGUGUUACAUUGUUUUUAUUUUUAAAAUUUACUUUCCCCUCUGCUUAAGUUUUUCGCCUCACGCUGAUACUCCGUCGAAGUGGGAGUGUUGCCGUACGGUGACUUUCCGGAGAGUUCUGAGCCAUGACCUCUGGGAAAUCUUUUUUGGCCGGGUUAAGUUUGAGGCUACAGCUUUUACUUUUUUCUUUUUUUUUUUUCUCCUUUCUUAUGACGACACUGUCUCCGUUUUGCAGCAAAGCUGCCUCCAUUUUCAUACCCCUCCUCUUACUUAACUUUUUUAAGUGUACAAAAGGAACAAACUGUUACUCAUUUGUGCAAUAAUUUUUUUUUUUUUUUUUUUUUCUUCCAAAAAUAAGGUUAUUUAAUUUGUUGUGUCAAGCUUUUUGUUAUUUUUUGGUUUUGUUUUUUUAAGUUAUUUUUUUAGUGUUUUUAUUUUGGUUAAAGUUUACAAAUCCUUUCCCAGAUUGCAUUGUUUGCAAGUCUGUUUUUAAGUGGACUGUACUUGUGUACUUGAGUGUGGAGGAAAGCCUGUUGCAUUACACCGAAUCCCAGAAGAGCCGCCAAACGUUCCCCCGCUUUCCCCAGCAGAUGGAGCUCUUGCGCAAGGAGCAGCAGUUUGGAUGCUCUGUGUGAUGUCUGUCCUCCUGCUUUUACCGAUACACCUAACAGAGGCCGGAUUUUUGUUUUUAAAUCACUUUUUGUUGUGUGAGAGUGUGUGAGAGACAGAGAGAAUGUAUACCUGCGUGCUUGUUGUUGAGAGAAUGUAUCCGUCGGCUACCAGGGCCUACGCUGCGUGUCUGAUUAAUAUCCAAUCAGUGUUUUGGCCAAGGAGAAACUUUGGAUUUUUAUUGGCUGUGCUCCAUUUUAGCCUCCUGAAAUAGUCCUAUACAGCUUGUAUCGAUACCCCCCCCAUUAUUCUCAGAUCAUUUCAGGCGGCACAGAGUUUCCUUUGGGCAUGAAAACAUCGCAUUUUUCCCCUUGGAAUUUGGUUUGUUUUUUGUAUUUAAUUUAAUUUUCUUGUUCUCAUUUUAAAUGGAAAGGGAGGGGUGGGGGGAUGGAGGAAGGAGGAGGUGGAAUGAUGCCACAGCGGAUUAGGAAUGGACUUUGUGAAUUUCUGUAACCUGUGUAUAUGCAAGGUGCCCACGCCUCUGCGGGUGCCCAGUUUAAGCGGACUUAGGAGAAAGGGAAUUAUUUUGAUUCCAUUCAGGAAUCUGUAACGGUAUGCAUUCGUUCUGUUAAGAGCAACACCGUCGAAUCAGAAAUUAUUACCAAGUACUUCCGUUACUGUAUGCGUUGCCUAAGGUGUUAUUUUUUUUGUUUCAGUAUUGCAUCGUGGGGCAGCUGGUAUUUGGCAAACAAACUGUAGCUGACCACUGUCACUCAAAAUGUUACAGAUGCAUACAGGUAUUACUAUGCAAGUGUGUUUUCCUUAUAUUUCCUUCUGGUGACAGCCACUGCUUGAUGCCAUUUUGAAGCAAGGAUAAUGUACCCUUACGUAAACCAAAUCGUAGGAGCAUUUUUGUCCCAAAAGAUGACUCGCUGCGAUGUAAGAGCAAUUAUAUACAAGUUGAAAGCAUUUAUUUUUUUUCCUUCUCUUUUUUUAUUUUUAUUUUUAAGCCCUAGUUUUUGUUGCUACUCCAGCGGAAAUCGCCAAGGAGUGUACAAUCUGACAGCAAUUUGAGUAUGUGUUCUCCGCACAGAUGGCUGAACAUAUUUAAGGUAAUGCUCAUUAGGGCUGAUCCACUACUGCUAUUUAUUACGUCUUAUCGCAAAACCACACUUUCAGCCGCCGCCAAAAAUGGAAGCAGGUUCAUCUGGCGUUCGGAGUCUGUCGAUGAUAUUUGUUAACAUUCCGUUUUGGAAACGUGCUCUAAGAAGUCAUUGGUCAUGUUGUGAGUCUUUCUCGAAAAACAAAAAAUUACAAAUGGUAACACCUUGUAGCCGUUUCAGAUUGAUGUAACCAGCAGUCAUAUUAUUAGCAGGAAAACUGCAAGUGUUCCACAUUUGUAAUUUUUUUUUUUUUUAUAUUAUUACUGGCUUGGUCAAAGUUUUUAUAGGAUUUCAGCGCAUUUGGGAAAUCACUGUAUGGAUUUACUAAGGUGAAUAUAAACCGGUAGGUGCGAUGAUGCUUUCUGUGCCUCCCUGCAGGCUUUUAAAUUGGCUUUUGCUGCUGUCUUUAAAACAUGCUUGACAAAAGCAUGCCAAGCUAGACAUCAUGGUACAUCAUUUCAACAACCAAAAACAAAAAGGUCACCUGGCUACAAUGAUGUUAUCUUAAUUGGUAUUAUCAGAAGGAAGUACUGUGUUAUUUUUAUUUUAUUUCUUUUUGAUCAACAUUUUUUAUGUAAAGUUUUUUGUAUUCUUUAUUUUUUAAUAAACGUCUUAAAACAACCAAA